AGGGAUAGCCGUUCUAGAAAUUUUCAAGAACACCCCUGUAAUAAUAAAGAUUCUGAUUAUGAUUCCAGGGAGGAUGGCAAUGAAAAAUUCCACAACCAUGAAGAAGCAGCAGCAGCAGCAGCAACUAAUGAGUUCAAUGAUGAUGAAGAGAACCCUAAUGAGGAGAAGUAUUGCAUGAUGAGUAGUGGGAAAGAGGUAAAUAACAGUGAAAAGUCCAAAGUGUGUGCAAGAGGGCAUUGGAGGCCUUCAGAAGAUUCCAAGCUGAAGGAGCUUGUGGCUCUUCAUGGCCCUCAGAACUGGAACCUCAUUGCUCAGAAUCUAGAAGGAAGAUCAGGGAAGAGUUGUAGGUUGAGAUGGUUCAACCAACUAGAUCCAAGAAUAAAGAAGAAUCCAUUCAGUGAAGAGGAGGAAGAGAGGCUAAUGGAAGCACAUAGAGUGUACGGUAAAAAAUGGGCCAUGAUUGCAAGGCUAUUUCCUGGCAGAACAGAUAAUGCUAUCAAGAACCACUGGCAUGUUAUCAUGGCCAGAAACUACAGGGAGCAAAAAUCCUUUACUUCUAGGACCAAUAGGAAAAUCAGAAGAUAUAAUACUAAUAACCGUCAGAGCCUUCUCUUCAGUAGAAAUAACAUCACCACCAGUACUACUAGUGGUUAUUAUGGUGGUCAGUUUAUUAAUGGUUCAGCAACUAUUACUCACAUGGCUACUGCUUGUUGGAGACAACAACAAGAUAAUAAUGAAGAGGACCCUAAUGGCUUCUAUAAUCAACAACAGUUUCCUUUUGAUUAUUGUUUCUUCUCUGCUGGUUCCUCUUCAACAAUUACAACAACACCCCAUGUUUGUUUGGCCAUGGAACUAUCAUCGUCAUCAACAACAUCAUCCUUUGCUCAAGACAGGAACAAGGUCCCUAUUAGGGACCCCCAUGAUGCAUCUUCUAAUUAUACACCACCAUUUAUUGACUUCCUCGGAGUAGGAGCCACAUGAUAUGUGUAUAUAUGCCUGUCUGGGUGUGAAACCCCCCCCCCCCCCUUUUCCUUUUUUCCCUCUUUUUUUAUUAUGUAAUCGCUAUUUUAUUAUUAAUAAUGAAAUGUCGGUUUUCUUU